AAACCCCACCCCCCCAACAAAAAAGGAGCUUCAGUACCCUGGCUCGCCUGGGCCGACGAGAAUAUCUCUGGAAGGGUCCAAGGCGGGCAGGAUUCAGGUCAGUUUCCACGCAGGAUAGUGGCUCUGCUAUAUUGGAUACCUGGUAUGAUGCAUUGCCAACCUGUAUUCGUCUGGCCCUGAGGUGUGUCUACCUGCGGUCCAUCGAUACGAUACUCGCCGCCAGCGUCGCUGUCGACGUCUCCAAGUCCCAUCCUCGAGGGGCUCCAGCCCGAACAGCGGAGCAAGACGAGGCCGGCGCUGUUGUCCUAUUUCCAAAUAGUUUGCGACGUCGCAUUCCCCUUUGUUUCUGCAUUGUACACAAGUCUCCCGGCCAGGACUUGCUCGUGGGGCCGGGCACGGUUGCGGCAGCAAUGGAAGGGAGGCACCCGGUUGUGCUGGGAAGUGCUGGAGGCAGCGGCAGCGGUCGUGGUGACAGGGGUGUAGGGAGCCAACCAAGUCCCGGCCUACAGGGCCCCAGUGACCGUGACCGCAACCGUACCUCUAGCCAUGAUCGCACCUCCGUCGCUGUCCUUGCGGACGCUUCAGCAUUCUCCCGAGACGGCGGAGUCACCGCGCCGCUUUCGGUACCUGACCGCUCGGUUCAGAACACAGCGCAGGACUCGGCCACCAUCACGGUCAAGGCCGCGGUCAAGGCCACGACCCUCCCUUUUGCUGUCGAGUCCGCCCCUGUGCUUGCUCUGGCCAAAAUGCCAGCUAGCUUCUCCUCACUCUCACUCGCACCCUCACCCUCGCCCUCGCCCUCACCCUCACCCUCACCCUCACCUUCACCUUCAUUCACAGCCACAGCCACAACCACAUUCACCUCUACCGACAACGGCAGCAGCAGCGGCAGCGGUAAUGAUAACUUCCGCUCCGCCGCCCGCCCUGCCGCCACCGUCAGAGCCGCCACCCCGGAGCCGGCUGAGGUUACGUUCGAUAUGUCUGCACCCAGCGGCAAUGCGGACUCCGCAGCCCUGCCACAGCGGCCCGGCUCAUUUCCCUCCAUCUCUCCCGAAACCUCGCCCCGGUCCAUGCCCGGUGCUGCCGGCCCCGUGAUGAGUAAGACGGCGCCUGCAUCCAUUCCGGCUGGCAGCCCAUCUGGUCCCGUCACUGCAACUCCGUCCAGCUUCCCCACGCGACGCCAGGGUAUGGUGUUUGGAGAGGGUCUGGCCGGCUCUCUCGACAGCGCCUCGUCAAGUCCACCGUCACGGCCGUCCUUGUCGAAUUUUCGCCCCAGGACCCAUACUUUGGACAGUGCCUUGCGGCAGCAACUUGUGACCGAGAACCGUCACCGCAUCGGUUCAGUCUCAUCGUCCGGCUCGGUGGCAGUCGUAGAUGACUCGAGGCCUCUGCCCCAGCCGCACUUCAACUCGCAUGGGUCGCCAGACAGUCACCACAUGGCAGCUGCGGCUGGACACAAGGAGAGAAAACUGUCAACGGCGAGGACCCGGCUCACCAAAAAAGCUGCCGCCUCCCAACCACCUUCUCCCUUCUUAUCACCUCAGCCGUCAGUUGACUCUUUGCCGUUGCCUGUCCCUACGCGGGAUGCCAACAAUGUCUUGCUCUUGAUGAAAAACCUGUGCGGAAGGAUGCGCGGAGAGGCCCAGUACCUGAAAGACAUGGGAGGCCUAUGGUAUGGUGGUAUAUGUUAUAUAGAUGAGGAGAAGGGGAGCUUAGUGAGCGACUCGGGAGAGGGUAGCUCUUCUUCUUCUGUGUCGCUUUUGAUACCGGAUCUUCGUGGAUGUCGUGUACUUCCGCUCAGUCGGAUGGAGAGAGGCGGCCGGCCGUCGCUGGAGAUCACCAGUCCACAUCUCAAUCUCAGCAUCAUCUUGUGCCCUUCAGCGGUAGAAGAGUAUGAUCUGUGGCUGGCUGCCCUGCUGUGUUGGCAGCAGCUGCGGCCUUCCGGCACCAAGAACACCAUGACAAGAUCAGGGAGCAGCGUUGCUCUACCACCGCUGAGGAGCGAGAUGCAGCGUCGGGCCUCCUCUUCCGGCCUACGGGAGGCUACCGUCAUCAAGGUCGGCAGAGUGAUGCUCUGGGACAAAGGCCUCGCCACCUCCCCACGGGCCAUUGUCAAACGUCCCUCUGCGCGAGACUUGCAAAUACCGCACAUGGCCUGGAAACGUGUUUCUUGCAUACUGUCAGACAACGGCGAACUCAAACUCAUGACAGAGCACGAUGUCUCGCUUCUGGCCAUGAUCGAAUUGUCUCAGCUGUCCAGGUCAGCUAUACAGCAGCUGGACAAGACAGUGCUAAACGAAAACUACUGUAUAGGUAUCUUCCCCAUCUACUCCCCUACAUCCACUCAAUUGUCAAUUUUGCGCCCAGUAUAUAUAUCAUUGGAGUCUAGGCUGCUUUUCGAGGCUUGGUUCGCCCUUCUCAGAGCCUUUGCGGUGCCUGAUCUAUACGGGCUCGAUUCAACAAGCCGAGGACGUGUAUACGAGGUGACCAACCUCAGCUCAGUGCCCAAAGGAGAAGUUUUCAGAGUCGAAAAAACAGUCAAGGUUAGAGUCACCGAGGCAAGGCUACGGAGUCGAACAUUUGCUCAAGAGGGAAACCUGAUGGAGCGCCAAAACAAAAGUGUUGCAGACCCAGACCCUGCCGUCGGUAAUUACUUCGCCGAGGUCAUACUGGAUGGCGAGGUUCGAGGCCGGACAUCAAUCAAAUUCAACACCAAGAACCCCUUUUGGCGAGAGGAUUGCGAAUUUACGGAUCUUCCUCCCUCCUUACCUUACCUAUCGGUGGUUCUAAAACGGAUCGUGGGCAAUACCGAAAGCUUCAGUCACCAGCUUCAGGCCACUCUUGGCUUGCCCAAAACAGGCCAGCUGAGCGAGGCGUUGUGCGGUGCUGUCGACAUCCCUUUGCAUCUUCUGGAGCGUGGAAAAGAUCAUGAGCAGUGGCUCCAAGUGUAUGACGCACGACAGCAGUCGAUUGGAACAAUGCUUCUCAAGGUGCACCAUGAAGAGGUCGUCGUGUUGCAAUCCAGAGAAUAUCAGCCUCUCUCGGAGCUCCUACACCGCUUUGGGUCAGGGCUGACGACACAAAUAGCUGACGUGAUGCCUGGAAACCUACGGAAGCUCGCAGAAAUAUUCGUCAAUAUAUUCCAGGUUUCUGGAAAGGCAACAGAGUGGCUGGUGACCUUGGUAGAGGAAGAAAUUGACGCGAUAGGGAGCCAAACGGCCAGCAAGCAAUCGCGGUUCAACCAGCGGCUGAUGUCAAAUGACUCGAUCGCUUCCACGGACAAAAUGUGGCAGACGGUUCAGGACAUGAGCAGGACGCUCCCGGGCGAGGCGAGCUUGCUGUUCAGGGGAAACUCAUUGUUGACACAGGCCUUUGAAAUUUACAUGCGACGCUUAGGCAAAGAAUAUCUGGAGGAGACUCUGGCAGCAAAGAUACGUGAAAUCAACGAGCUCGACCUUGAUUGCGAAGUUGACCCGAGUAGGAUGCAGAACGGCGAUGAUAUUCAACAACAUUGGGCGAAGCUAAUCGAGCUGACCAGCGCUGUCUGGCGCUGUAUCGCAUCGUCCGCGCAUCGUUUGCCGUCGGAGAUCCGUCACGUACUGAAAUAUAUACGGGCUGUUGCAGAGGAUCGCUAUGGCCACUUUAUCCGCACUGCUACUGCAGUUUAUACUUCGGUGUCCGGAUUUCUCUUCCUCCGCUUCCUCUGCCCAGCUAUCCUUAACCCAAAACUUUUCGGCCUCUUGCGCGACCACCCCAAACCGCGUGCACAACGCACUCUGACUCUCAUCGCCAAGACCAUCCAGGCUCUAGCCAACCUUAACAUCUCCAGCAAGAAGGAGACAUGGAUGGAGCCAAUGACCGAGUUUCUCCAAAAACAGCGCCAGCCAUUCAAGGAUUUUGCUGACGCCGUGUGCGCCAUUCCGGCCGAAAGUACCAGCAACAGCGUGCCUGCUCCCUACUCGACCCCCCUAACGAUUCUGGGCCGCUUAUCACCUCUAGCUCGCGAGGGUUUCCCUUCGCUCCCAUACCUGGUCGAUCAUGCGCGUAACUUUGCGGCUUUAGCCAAACUGUGGGCUAAAGUCCAUCCCGAGUCAGACUGGGACUCUUCCAACUGCGAAGGCGACCUACUUCAUUUCCAUCGUCUAUGCACCACGCUCCACCAACGCGCAAUGCAUUGCUUCUCGCAGAUGGAGACUCGCCGAAGCGCUGGUGAAACUACCAGCAGGCCACCGGAUGAGCGGCUUCGUCUCUCUGAUGCACUGGACAACUUGAGUUAUGGCGAUGUCCUCGGUUUGUCUGCGCACGGCAACGCUACUGGGAUCUUUUGGAUAGACGGCGGGAGCAUAGCGCCCGGCUCCUCAGGUAGUGAGAUGGAUGGGCCUGGUAUGGGAGGUGGCAGCAGCAGCAGCAUUGGCAGCAGGGACAUAAGGAACGCCUCGAGCGCUAUACGGCAAGGUUCUAAGAGCAGCGAGCAGCUGUCGUCCAUGUCGGGCGGAAGUGUGAAGGGGCUGCGCAAUGGAAUGCAGGCACCACGAAAGUUCCUUACAGGAUUUAUUCGCAAGACAAGAACGGCUUCACCCGAGUUUGGCAACGGAGGUAGUCCUGGUCACGGGUUCAUCACGGGGACAAUGGUGCCUGAAGCAGGCAGUACGUCGGCAGUUGCAUCGGCAUCUGCCACUGCUGCAGGUAAAGAGAAUGGCCGAGAGCGGGACCGAGGCGCGGAACGAGAGAAAGACAGUAAAGAAAAGCAUCCAGGCAAAGACGCCAGGGCGUCUUCAAGUAAAUCCCAAGGGGAUCGCCAUCACACGGCUCACCAACACUGGCACGAGAAGGGAAUUUGAAAUGACUUGAUUUAGAGGCACCAAUGGUUGUUGGCACAUGCUCGCUUUGGAAGGCUUUGGAAACCCUGGUCUGAGAAUGGGGGCAACGGCUCCCGUACAAAGGGACGUACAUUGACGAUUAUGCCUACGAUAUGGAAUGCGAGUCUUCAGACAGGGUAUCAGACUGAGCGCUCAUUCUUUUCUCUAUUCUUCCGCAAAUAAUUCUUGUUUAGCUGUUUGAUUAUUGUCUUUAGCAACGAUCAUGAUGGUUAUGGCCCAUUCUCUGAGGGCAUGCUGGCUAUUGACAUGGCGGACUAUCCGGCAGCACCAACCGCCGAAUCCGUACCUAUGCCUCCAGAUCUGAAUCCGAGGGGUCGAGGUUUUCUGCUGUUGCUGGGGAUGCGUCACGGAGGAAAACUGCUGUGCCUACAAAAGCGGCGAAGUGGCCUAAAAAAACAUUCUAUUCCGUGAGGCUGUGAAGA